AUGGCACGCGGACUUCAGAAAAUUCAAUCUCAAAAGAAAAAUCAAGAAAAGCAGCAGUCAAAAAAGGGACCAUCUGAUAACAAGAAGACUGCAGAGAUGUCAUCUAAUAAUACUUCCAUUCAACCGGAAAAUCCCGGUCUCGCACCAUUCAACUACCAAUGUAGAGGAACCGAUAUCUUGUUGCCAAACAAUAUCCAUGCCUACUUUGUAAGUACCUCUAGUCUUGCUCCAGCAUGCAUGGGAAUUGUCAUUGUUCAUGAUGUUUUUGGAUUCAAAAUCAAUAAAACCCGCCGAUAUGCUGAUAUACUUGCCGCCAAAGCCAACGCCAAUGUCCUUAUGCCUGAUUUUUUCCAAGGUGGCGAUCCUUGGCCCUUAAACGACUUUCCUGCCAAAGAUCAGGAAAAUUUUUCCAGUUGGCUCAAAAAGGUUGGCAAUUGGAACUAUAUAACCCAGGUUCUUUCUACUUCGAAUGACUACCUCAAAACCCUUCUUUCCGAGGAGCAUAGAAAUUCGCUUGGUAUUUUAGGAUUUUCCUGGGGUGGCAAACAGGUUAUGCGAGCCUGCAGUAGUAAGUGUUACGGAUACGUUGCUGGCGUCUCUAUUGAUGGUUAUAUGCUGGAAGCUGAGGAUGCUGAAAAGCUCAAUAUACCCGUCUUCUUCAUGCCCUCUGGUGAUAAUAAAUCGAUCGAUACUAUCAAAAGUAUUCUUAAGAAGCGACCUUUCGGCGAUCGUUGCAGGUACUUCACGUUCGGUGAUGAAAGCCACGGUUUCGCUUCAGCUUUAGGCGAUUUGAACAAUCAAAAUACCCUGGAGGCCGUCAAUCAUACAAUCACACUUUCCUCGGCUUUCUUCAUUGAGAAUGCACGGGAUGCAGAGAAAGCCGGGAAGGAGAAAUCUGAGCAUUCAAUUUCCAAGAAAACAGCUAGUUCGAAGGAGAUUCUAAGUUCGGGGCUGAAUAUCGCUCGAAGUAGUUAG